GACAGGUGAAAACAUUAAGUCAAACUUCGAGUUCGAAGACUGAGCUAACAAGUUAAAUAAAUGGACUAAUGGACACAUUGAACGAAUGACACGGCACAGGUUGUGGAUGGAACAUCUCACUGUCAUCAUAUUGCAAUGGAGGAAUCUGAAGAAAGAAUUGCCAUGGUAACAGCAACACCCAGUGACGAUGAUAAUCAGAUGAAGCAUGAUCCUCACAAGAUUGUUCUUUGCUUGCCUUGCAAUCUCUGGUUUGAUGAUGUUUUGAAGUUCAUCGGCCACCACUCGCAACAUGAAGUCCAGACAGAGGUACAAUGUCUUCUUUGCAAACAGUCUUUUACAACAAAAAUCCUCCUGACAGAUCACUAUGAAAACUUCCACAACCUUGAAGCACUUGCAGCAACUGCUGCGCUACUAGAAGGUCCAGACAGGGACCAGAAAACACACGUUGAUCACUCAUACUCCAGGGCCAAAAAUGGAGACCAGGGAGAGGCAGACGUUGAUCCACAUGAUGAGGAAGAAGGCUCAUGCAGGAAAGGAGGAUCUGGAGAGAAGAAAAUAGAAAUAGGUGAAGGAGAGGAGGAUACAGAAAUUCAUGAAGGAAGAGAAGAAAAGGCACACAUUGUUGGAGGAGCAGAGAAGGAAGUGAUUGUUGGAGUGGAGAAGGAGACAGAAAUAGUUGAAGCAGGAGAGGGCAUUUUGAGUGAUGCUAUCAUCGGUACCGAGGCAGUGAUCAAAAGAACUAGUGAGGAACAGGAUCAGGAUGCUGAAGGAUGCAUAAAAGCCGAGGUCGAAUCAAGAAAUGAAAAAGUCAUGGAAGCGGAAGAGGUGUCUUUCGGUGCUGAGAUAGGAGUCAUGGACAGUAUUGACAAGGAUAAGAAUGAAAGUGAAUUGGAGGAAAGCGGCUCUCAGAGUCCUUGCAGGGAUGAUGGGUUGUCCAACAUUCCAAAUUCUAGGGGUCAUAUAGAGGAAUUGGAAGAAGAGAUGGAUGUAGAGGAAGAGUCUGAUGGACAGAAUAGAGAGGUAACAGAGGACACUCUUGAAGAAAGGCUCAGUCCUUUUGAGGAGUUACAGGGUGGUAGCACUGCUCUAGAUUCUAUACACUCUGAUCAUCUGGAUGAAAAUGACGAUAGCAAUACUUUCAUGGAGCAAAUACACCUCGAGACAGGAGAUGAUUUCGAAGGCAGUUUCAGUGAUGUUGAUGAUGAUCAUGAAGAAGAGACUCCACAUUCGGAAGAGGACAUAGCUGAGAUGAUGCCAGAAUACGAGGAAGGAGACUUCCGUUUCAUAUCUGGACUCAGGCACCGACAGAUUCAUAUCGCUAACUCUAAUCUGGUAACAGACAUCGGUAUGCAGGUCUUCAUAUGCCUUCAUUGUGAUUUCCUAGACAGUGAAGCUGGACUUGUGAAUCAUAUGCAAAGGACACAUAAGGAAGUCCUGGAACUGGAGAGUGCAAUGCUAGAGUUUUCAAGGGAAGUGCCGGCUGAUAGGGUCUUCCCAGAAAAUGUAACAGGAGAAGAAGUUAUGAUGUUGUCCGAGUACCACAGGAGAAAUCUUGAGCAAAAGCAUGUGUCGGGUGGAAGUAGGAAAAGAACUGCCAGGACUGAUGGUGUACGAGAGAAAAGGCACCUUGGGUGUAUCAGUAAUGGGGAGACAUUGGAAAAGAAGAAGAGAUAUGUUGAGAAUCGGGUGCCAUGUUUAUGUCCGGAGUGUGGUAAAGUCCUGUGUAGGAAAAGUGCCUUGAGGACACAUAUCCUCGGAGUCCACAGCCGCUCCAGGAAUCACCUGUGCGAGGUGUGUGGGAAAGCAUUUCGGGCUUCCUACCAUCUCAGCCAGCAUCGGAAAUCCCACCGGACGAAAACCUUCAGCUGCGAUCUCUGUGACUUCACGUCUGAUGUCCGCAUGGAUAUCUUCGAUCACCAACAGUUGCACCCGAACAAGUUUAUCCUUUGCCAUGUUUGUGGAACAGUACUCAAAAGCAAGACUGCCCUCAAGCGCCACAUGAUGGUACAUUCUGAGACCCGGCCUUUUGCUUGUACCGUUGAGGGCUGCACGUGGCGUUUUACAAGCGAGGCUCUGUGCAAGGGACACAUCGAGUCGCAUAACUCCCCAGGGGAAUUCAUCUGCUUGGAGUGCAAACGCCGCUUUCGCAAGCGGCAUCACAUUCGUCGCCACCUGAAGAUGGUUCAUGGAAAAGUAUCAAAUAGCGAUGCUGAUAAGUUUGUUGCGGUGGAUGCAAAGGUCGUGCCUUCAGCGGAACAGUUCGGUCAGAUCCCGGUAACGCAGCUCAGCAAACAGCAUAUUGUGAUAACCACGGAUGAGCACGGUACUCCUAUCUUCUGUGAUCAAAAUGAGGAGCUUGUGUUUGAUUCGAAGACAUCUUCUCUACUGCAAGUUACUGUUAAACAUUCUGAUGGAAUAUGAUGCUUUCUGUGACACACCGAAUUGGACAACAUCUUAAAUGAACAGCAUCAUCUAUAGUUACUCAAUAAUGACUGGGAUAUACCUCUAUGUGCAAUAAGAUCUGAUACAGAGUGUUAUAAUGAUUAAGUUACCCUCCCAGAAACAGGUGACACAGAAUGAUUUAUACCGGUACCUAUGGCAAGUUCAGGGUAUUUGGUCAUUUGCUAUCCUAUGUUAUGCUACCAAGAAUGAUGGAAUCCACAAAACAUUUGACAUCAGUGUCAUUUUUCUUAAUGUAUUCUUUUAGGUUAUUGGUACACUUUAAAUGAAAAUGCAAAUAACCUUCAAAUUACAUCUCAUGGAGAGAAUUGUUCAGCACAUGUGUUCCUUGAUUGUCUACCUAUCGUUAAAUAGAUUUGAUACUUUAAAUGGUUUUAGCAGUGGAAAUGUUAGACAUACAUGUACCUUUGAAUUUCAUAGGGUAUAUUGUCUCUUGAGAGCCAGAAGAGAUUAACUCAUAUCCUUUGACGUUAAUGCCCUUCUGGCUCCAAACAGAUGGUAUGAUGCAUCUGUAUUUUAAUAGUCUAUGCUGCUUUAUAUGAUUACUCAGGGAAAGAUUCUAAAAUUGCCCAACAGAGU